AUGGACCAGCCGAAUGUAUUCCGCGAGUUUUCGAAGAAAGUCAAGACGGUAUUAACAUCCCCCGAUCCCCAGGUCAUUCUCGACGCUUUGCGAGCUUUGGCAGAAGGAAAAGAAGCGAAUUUGCAAGAUGGGAGAGUGAUAGAACCACUCGGGCCGUGGGAAUCAAGCCCAGAAACCUUUCCCAAUCAAUUGCGCUGGGGUAGAAAGAGGCUUCGCAGUGAGUCAGCGAAUGAGCCUAAUCUAUGGGAAACCUUGGCUCUCUUUGAUGGCCCUGAAGGGUAUAAUCAGAGCUUAGUUGAUCUCCCAAAGAUCGCUUACAGCGACCUCGUGGCGCGUCUUGAUCAACCGCCGCCAAGGGUUGUCACCCACAUAGGGGGAGUGUCAUUGCCGAAAGUCCUUGGACCAUCCCAAAGCCAACCAGUCCAGUCUCUGGAUGAAGACCUUCCGUACAUUUCGGACUUCUUGCGCGGCAAUGGCACCGCGAGGGCUGUCGCGGCCACCCGUUGCAAGUUUGGGUGGGAACGAUUAUCAGUAGACUGUCUCUGCCUCUACGUGGAUGCUGAUGAUACCACCAGUCUUGAGAAUUCAGUAACUUCUCUGGCGGAUCUUGCCAUGAUUAGGGAGAGCAAGCUUUGUCAUACAGGGGAUAGUUUGUCAGAGGCCCAGAAACUCCUAGCGCCCACAGGCAUUACCGAGUUAGCCCUUAAAGAGCGAAUGUACGACCUUCGGCAAAACCGUAUCCGCCGUGUUGUUCGACAAGAUGGUAAUAUUUAUCCCGGACAGUCCAUCUCCCUUAUGGGAGAGGAAUCAAAGGGCUCGGUUGGGGUGUUCCUGUCCCCAUGUGGCGUAGACGAACACAAAGUCUACGCCUUGACGGCACACCACGCUGUCCCGUUCAAAAUAGCUGGGCAGCGUGUCAUCACACCCGGAGGACUUGAUAUAUUAACUCAAUUGCAGCGGGCAGUGGACUCUCACCCCAAAGACAUUGAGGUACUGCUGAAACGACGGAACGAAGCCUGCGGGUAUGCGGAAUACGGCCAUAUCGGAUCAAACCAGCAAGGGUGGGGGUCUGAUUUUACAUUGAUUCAUCUUGACGACCAUUGGAUAGGGGAAAAUGAUGAAUUGUAUGAUGUCGACCUGAGCGUCUUGCACAACCCGGGAGACAUUGUUUACCAGGAUGGAGCGACAACAGGUGGCACAGUAGGACAGAUAGGUUCAUCAGAAGUCCUGUUGUUUGAGCGUGGAACGGCCUCUGACGUCGUACGAGCCAAGUUUCUUGCAAUAUUACCACUUGACGUCCCUUUUAGGGAUGAUGUAUGUGCCAAAGGCGACUCGGGAUCUGGUGUUUUUCUGCCUGCCCCCCAGGAAGAUGGUUGGAAGUUUGCCGGACAAUUGGUUUCGAUGAUUGAUAUGGAUGGAUGGGCGGGCCUUAUGAUACCCCAGAGCCAAGUUUUUCAAACUUUGAAGGAGAAAACAGGAAAGGCUUGGAGGUUGUCGGGUUGA